ACCCACAGGAGAUGCCUGGCAGGGGUGGCUUGACUAGAUCCCCCUUGGUGCUUUCAUUCUGCCAGCAUACUUGGGGCCUUGCAUCAUCCCCAAAGAGGCGUUGAACUUUCAGAGAGCUCCUGACAGUCCCAGGGUCACGCUGUGGUUGUGGAGCGUGCAGUCACACCCGUUGGAAGGAAAACAUGACUGAAGCUUGCCUCUUCCUUUCCUCUUUUUUUCCUUUCUUCUCUCCCCCCCUCCCCGGCCGUUUACCCGAAAUAAAGUGGCAUUGUUGGAUUCUUCCUUGAAGUUCAUUCUUCCUCCUUCCAUCACCACUGAAUCGACCCAGGCUGGAAAAGAUUGACAAGGAAGCCUGGAUCAAUGUCCCAGCGGUUCCCAGCUGCCUGUGAGGAGUUCAGGAUCGCAUGACCCUGGAUAUGGACGUCGUCCUCUCCGAUUUUGUCCGUUCAACUGGGGCAGAGCCAGGAUUGGCGAGAGACUUACUGGAAGGGAAAAACUGGGACCUGAGUGCUGCCUUGAGUGACUUUGAGCAGCUUCGGCAGGUCCACGCUGGGACGCUGCCCCACUCCUUCCACGAAGGGCGCCCCUUCAAACCCGCUGAGAGAGAGGGACCCCGGCCCACGCGGCCCCUGCUCCAGCGCCAAGAUGAUAUUGUCCAGGAGAAGCGCUUGUCUCGUGGCAUUUCCCAUGCCAGUUCCACCAUUGUCUCAUUGGCACGUUCCCACGUCUCCAGCAAUGGUGGUGGCAGUGGCAGCACUGGUAGCAGCUGUGGCGGUGGCGGCGGCGGCGAACACCUCCUGGAGAUGCCCAUCUGCACCUUCCAGCUGCCCGACCUAACUGUCUACAACGAGGAGUUCCGCUCCUUCAUCGAACGGGAUCUCAUUGAGCAGUCCAUGCUGGUGGCCUUGGAACAGGCUGGUCGCCUCAACUGGUGGGCCAACGUGGAUCCCAGCUGUCAGCGGUUGCUUCCUUUGGCCACGACGGGAGAUGGGAACUGCCUGCUUCAUGCGGCUUCACUAGGCAUGUGGGGUUUCCAUGACCGAGACCUGAUGCUCCGUAAAUCUCUUUACACCCUCAUGGAUAAAGGAGCAGAAAGGGAGGCCCUGAAGCGGCGCUGGCGGUGGCAGCAAACGCAGCAGAACAAAGAGUCUGGCCUAGUUUACACAGAGGAGGAAUGGCAGAAGGAGUGGAACGAGCUGAUCAAGCUAGCCUCCAGUGAACCACGGAUGCACUAUGGCACAAACGGCAGCAACUGCGGAGGGGUGGAGGGCUCCGAGGAGCCGGUCUAUGAGAGCCUGGAAGAAUUCCACGUCUUCGUCUUGGCCCACGUCCUCAAGCGGCCCAUUGUGGUGGUUGCAGACACAAUGCUGAGAGAUUCCGGAGGGGAAGCAUUUGCUCCGAUUCCCUUUGGUGGCAUCUACCUGCCCUUGGAGGUUCCUGCCAGCAAGUGCCACCGCUCGCCCCUGGUCCUAGCCUACGACCAAGCCCACUUCUCUGCCUUGGUCUCCAUGGAGCAGAAGGAGCCCACCAAGGAACAAGCUGUGAUCCCGUUGACUGACUCGGAACACAAGCUGCUCCCUGUGCACUUCGCUGUUGAUCCUGGGAAAGACUGGGAGUGGGGCAAAGACGACAGCGACAAUGUCAAACUGGCAAGCGUGACGCUCUCGCUGGAGGCCAAGCUCCACUUGCUGCACAGCUACAUGAAUGUAAAGUGGAUCACUUUGCCUUGUGACACGCAGGCGCCACUGGCACAGCCGGAGUCUCCGACUGCCUCUGCAGGGGACGAUGCCCGAUCCGCCGUAGAUUCGGGCGAUUCAGACAAAGAAUCCGUCUGCAGCAGCUCGGCCAGCAACAGUGGGGGCAGUAAGAGUGGUGGUGGCAAGGAAAAAGAGAAAGACAAGCCAAAGAAAGACCGGGAGAAGGACAAGGAGAAGAAGCGGGCUGACUCGGUGGCCAACAAGCUUGGCAGCUUCGGCAAGACCCUGGGAAGCAAGCUGAAGAAGAACAUGGGGGGGCUGAUGCACAGCCGAACUGCCAAGGGGGCUGGUGUCAGCAAUGGGCAAGGAGAUGCCACCUUGGAGAAGAAGAAGAAACAGAAGGGCUCUGUCAAGGUGAGGAAGGGCAGCAAGGAUGAUGCAGCCUCCUCUGGCGAGUCAGGGUCCCCUUCUGAGAAGCCGUGCCUGGCCAAGGCAGCCACGGAGAAGCCUACGGACACCUCAUGCAAGUAUGGCAGUGAUGUCAAGCUCAGCCUGGGCAUCCUCAGGGCCGCCAUGCAGGGGGAGCGCAAGUUCAUCUUCGCUGGCCAGCUGAAGACAAGCCACCGGCACCAGUACCAAGAGGAGAUGAUCCAGCGCUAUCUCUCAGAUGCUGAGGAACGGUUCUCGGCCGAGCAGAAGCAGAGGGAGGCUGAGAAGAAGUUGGCGGCCCUGGGCAACGGUGGGCCAGGGAAGAAGUCGGAUUCAGAGGGCAACCCUCUCCGAGGGGAGGACACCCUCCCGAAUCCUGCCUACUCCCCGCCGGGAAUCUCAUCCUAUGGACCCCAGAGCCCCGACCUGGCUGCUGUCGGGGCUAAAAUGGCAGGCUUCCCCACCAGCUACUCAGGGGUCUUCACUAUCCCUCGCCCUUCUAUGAUGGGCAAUGUGGAGAGUGCCCAUCCCCCCAGCUACCAGGACAGCCGGCGUCAGCUUGCAGGCGGCCCCUGCGGCACUCUCCCCUCAUACGCGACGCUGCCCCGGCACUGCGCCCAGGGCCGCCCCCACCUUUACCAAGCUGACCCUCCCCACCUGGGAGGGCGCUUCUCCCCAACAGAAGCAGACAUGCCACUGAGUUACAGGGGGGCAGACUGUGACGGCUCCCCCUGCCCCAUCUUGCCCAGUAAUGGCUACCGGGAUUACCACGAGCCAGGAGGUGGUGGUGGCGUUGGCGGCAGCUCUCCAAAAGGUGGAGACCAGAGCAGAACCCAGUUGCUCUACAGUGUCCAGCAAACUAAAUGCAAGCAGCCGAACUGCAGUUUUUAUGGGCACCCAGAGACUGGGAAUUACUGUUCCUGUUGCUACAAGGAGGAACUGAAGCGGAAAGAACGGGAACGGGAGGCCUUGAUACACCGGUUCUGAGGAGCCCAGAUGAGUGUCUGUGGAGUCUGGACCCACGGGUACUGUGGGGAAUGCAAUAAUUUUUUCUCUCCCCAUCCCCUCCUGCCUCCGUUCCCUGUCUUGUUCAGGAGAAGGGAGCAAUGGGUUUGGCAGAGGGUGGCCUAUGCGUGGUGGCGCGUGAGAGGCAGCUUGCAGGGGUCAGAGGUUGGGGUAAGAGCAACUGGAGCCUGUGUCUCAGUGAGGUGUGUGUGUGGGGGGGGGGGCACACACACACAAAGAGUGGGGGACUCUUGCACAUGAUGUGUGGAGUGGGGGGAACCAGGGGUGCUUGCACAAGUGUGCAGGGAUUCGGGGGACAUUUCUGUGUUGUGUAUCCAGCGCAGAACUAAAGUCAAAACUGCACCAACCUUCUAGACCAAAGCUUUGAAUUUUGUGGGUAGAACAAAUGCAGACAACUGCAGGGAGUGCUUUCCUUCCCACUGGAUCACCCCCCCCCCCGAUUUAAUUUUUGUUUUCAUUUCAAAGGAAGGGAAACCAGCAUCCCUAUGAUAACAUUUUUACCCUCCAGAAAAUGUAAUCUUGGUUCUCUUUUCAUUAGGUAAUAUUAACAGGUGUUUUGUUGCUCAUUUGUUUCUAAAGAUAACUUGGGAUCUUUUCCCUCCCUGACACUAAACCUGGACUUUUUAAGUUGGAAAGAUCUGUUGCCCCCUCACCCCAAAUACCCAAGCCACCCCUUUGCCACCCAUUAACAAACCCCACCACAGCUGGCUUGAGCUUUUCCCGAUGACUUGGGCCUCACCAGAUAACAGAUCAACAUAUUUAAAAACUUGUAGGAAACUGAAAGUGUUAGAUAGAUGAGGAGGAAGGGAAGAACCAAGUCUCGAUACUCCAUUUUAUUUUGUGUUUUACUGUGCAAAAUGGUGAACUUGUUCACGGUCGUCGCACUUGAGCGAGAAUGCGGAAGCCGUAAUGAAAUUCGGUGGCGCAUUGAUCAAAGCAAUAAAAUGCUAAGAAAAGUUUUGAAAGGACCUAGCUGGUAACAACACCUCCUUUGCUUCCUCGAGUUUUUGCUGCUGUUCCUCCUCUUAAAAUGCGUCAGUAGAUUUUUUAAAAACUGUAUAAAAUUCUCUCUUACCUGCAGAGAAUAACUUUUCUUCCAUGCAAGCUAUAUAUAUAUACCCCCCCCCCCCCGACUACCUCUGUUCUGCUGAGUAGAAAUAAUGUGGCUCCUUUUUGUCGAGCCUGGACUCAACGGGAAUGGCAGAUAAAUACUAAAGAAUAUAGGUGUUCUAUACAUAUAAAUAAAUAUAUUUUUAACAGGGCUAUGUUUGUGUUUUGGGGUGGGAUACGGGAUGUAAAACAGAUGCUAACAACGCUCUAUUUUUCUUGCUCUUUUUUUUUUUAAAUGUAAAGAUGUAUUCCCACAAUUCUUCACGCACCUCCGCCCUCCCCCCAAAAUUGGCAUUUCGGACGCACCCGCUGUCGGCGUUGCAUUAUUUAUUGCCGACGUGUCUCUUACUAUGAGUGGGGAAAAGCUCUGUCCAUCAAUUGGCAACUUCUCCCCAUCCAGAGUUUUGAGUGAAAUAACUGUGAUCCAAAAGGAGGAGUUGUUGUUUUUAAAUAAAUUAAAUUAAAAUGGCCUUUUUGUUAAAAAUGGGCCAGCGUCUAGGCAGGUGGCUAGGUUUAUCGAGAAUCAGGGAAGAAGAGUCUUCCAAACUAUGCAAUUUCAGCGUUCCUCACCCAGGCCCUUUUUGGAGUGGGACGAGGAGAAAAGCCAAGUGUACUUAAAAUAUUUUUUUUAAAAAAGAAACUCUACCUGGGAGGUUUUCUUGGUUCUUGGAUGCCCCAUGGGCUGCCUUAAAGUCGGGUCUACAUUGGAGGCGGGAGGGUGGUGCAGAUGGGGGACUGAAGGCUGGCUAUCUUUGGUACCUCCUUUUGGAAAAGAGGCAAGGAAGGGGAUGGAGAGCGGUGGUUUAACCAUUUCAGGGGGAUUGCACCUCAAAGUGAAGGCAAGGUGGGACACUGUGGAAAGCUAUGGCUUUCUCUCUGUGUGUAUGUGUGUCUUUUGGGGACAUUUUUCUCUUUUGCAUGGGAUGACCAUCUGAGGUGGCUUUUUAGAGAUUAGAGGACUGUCAAAUGUGAUGAGGAUUUGAGACAGGGAUGGGCAAAGUGUGUCCCAUAAGCCGCGGCCUGGGGUCAAAUAAAUCCCCUUAUUUUUUUACCCCCAGAUGCCUUCUUCCACAUUGAGGGCCACCCCAGGGUCCAGUUUAGGACCAGGAAGUGACUUCCACUCACUUCAUGUUAUGGCCUGAAAACAUGGUGGACAGUGGGCCACAAAAAUAGCCCUGGGGCCACAUUUGGCCCAUGGGACACAAUCUGAGUAUCCUUGAAGUAAGGGCUCACAGAAAAAAACAUGUUUUUUAGACAUGAGAAGGAGGGAGUUGACAAAGAGAUUCAAAUAUUGUUGAGUUUUGGACCUGUGCAUUGGGGUCGCCAGGAAAUAUUUCUCUGCAGGCUGUGCAUUGGACAGUGCCUUUCUUUUUGUUCAUUUUUGGACCAUGGCUCUCUCAAUCCUCAAGACUGUUGGAGGCUGUGGGCCAAAAACUAGAAAGGGUCACCGUCUUCUCCGAAGCUGUGGCAUGAUGGAGGUGGAAGAUGGCAGGUGUGCUGGAAGAACCAGAGCCAAGUGAAAGAUGGAGAUCCAAGACUUCUCCUGGAUCAGAGGAGAGCUUAGUGCGUUCUCCAAAUCAAUGGAGGAGAGGACAGUUUGUCUUCUUUUUUGAAGCUUGGUCUUGAGGACAAGCCUCUUUGUUGUGUGGGAAUCCAGUAGAAGUGACCAUCCUAAGCUUUUCAGGCAGAAAAAGCAGCUAAGAAAAGCUCCCUUUGGUGGAAGGCUUGGUUGAGUCAGGUCUUGUAAUGCGCACAGAUACUCUGACUUAGAUGGAUAAGUUGCCAUUUUCCACUAAUGACUAUGUGUUUUUUUCAGAAAUUCUCUAAAUAGAUUUCUAGGGGUCCAACAGACGAAAUGGUUGCAUCUGUUGAGCUCCUCCUGCCCACCCCAACCCCAAAGACAUGACUGGGUGCUUUAGAUUCCUCCCGAUCAGAGAGUUCAGACUUUGAGCCUUCACAGGUUUACCUCUUUUGUUGAAUGUCUCAAUCCCGUCGCAAAAGGCACAACCACAAAUGGAAUAGGGAGUCCAGGCAAAGUUGUUGGAUUGCGGCUUGUUGUUGUGAAUUAGAUCUCCACACGCACACCUUGUUAUACAACUUGGGGUAUAACUUAGUGCCAGUACAAAAGAAAAUGGCACCCAAGCACACUGUCCAUUUUGUCCAUUGGGUCAAGGGGAUAUCUUGGAGUUGUCUCCCUCUCUUUUCGGGGAUAGCUGUGCCUCCGCUUGCAAUACUUGUCCAGUCGCUGUCUAAAAAAAUACAGUCUUCCUUCCUUGCAAAAUCUACCAGAAUUUCUCAAGUCCAGAGAACAUGAUAAAGGUCUUCCAUCAUCCUGGUUUUCCACUAGUUUCCUCCAAACUAAGUUUUUUAAGAUUCAAAUUUCAUUACCAAUAACUCUCCAUCUUCUCUCCCUCUCUUUCCUUCUCCCCCUAAAAAUCUUAUUACUGCAAUUAAGGUAUACAGAUUGUAGCAUCUUUUUUUAAAAAAUCAAGCAAAAAUGAACUUAAAACGACUCGAGGUUUUUUUUUUAAAGAAAAAAAAUACAAGGAUAUUUAAAGAAUAUUAUUUUGCUAUAAAGAGUUGCAACUUUUAAGACCCUGAGUCCGAAGCCUUUCCGCCUUAAUGAAUUCUGAUUAAUGCUUUCAUACCAGGGUUAAGUUUGAAUCCAUGAAACUUGACACUGUUCCCUUAUUUCUUCCUUAGGUUUUAUUUUAAUUUUUCUAGGUGACUUUGUUUCCUUUAUGGUGAAACAAACCCCAUUCCCCCCUCCCCUUUAAAAAAGGGAUUAUUAACACACAGAAAUACAAAUCUUAUUUAUUAAAAAUGAUACAAAAUUCCCCUCUCCUCUUUAUCCUUUUUUGACGCAUAGUUGAAAACUGAAUGCAGUGGGGAAUUUUUUUUUAAUGGUACCUCUUCUUUUAUGUUUUAAUUUAAUUUUUUUUAAAGGAGGUUUUAAGAAAGUAGUUUCCUAGGCACCUUUUUGUUUUUUUAACUAAUAGAAGUGAUCACAAAAUAAGCUUUUAUUAAAUCUUGGUGUAUUAAGUAGAGAGCAUUUUGAGGAUUUGAAGGGAGCGGCGUGUUGUUUGGUUGUGGUCUGGCACCCUCUAAUGGACAGGAGAGGUUAUGGCAUCCUUUGGCGAGAAAAAGAAACUUUCGGAAUUGCUUUCCGAAUGGGCGAAAAACCCUGAAUGUGUGUAUGAUAUCCCCCAGCGCCCUUCUGGAGGGGGAAAAGUCUUGUAAAGGUUAAACACAAGUGAGAUUUAACGGUAAAAGGGCUGAGGCAUUAGCUGCUAGAGCUGUACUUUGGACAGUUAACGUUAGGAUAUUCUCUGUGGGGCUUUUUGCUCCUUGCCUAGGGGAAAAAUCACUUUAAUCGAACUGAGUAUUUUGCUUGUUUCAUCUUGACGGACACGAAUAGGUUUUUGCACAGCAAAAGAAGAGAUGUAUAUCCUCGUUGUCGGACAACCUCCUUUUUAACGCGAGUGCACCGCUCUUUUUCCCAUCUUGGUUUCCUUCCGUUUGUUCUACUCUGUUGGGAUUGUGGAGAGGGAAGGAAUAGAAUGGCUUUUUCUUUAAAAGAGGAAAACAAAAAGUCCAGGAUAUAACUGUAACCAGCUUGUAGAGUUCUCCGUAGCAAAGAUUUGUUGUUUUUCCCCUCUUUCUUUCUUUCUUUCUUUCUUUCUCUGUUUUCUUUCCCUGCUAGUUGUCCAAGAAGUGACCUGAAUUAAUUCUCCGAUUGUUGUUGACAAUAAAGACUUAUUUUUUAAAAAGGACGGAGUUUAUUUAA